AUGCCGAUAUUCCAGGAUAGCAAUGGCCUGGCUGUCAAAUUCUUCAUCCAGAAGGACAUCCCCCAGGAAAUACAGGCAGAAGUCUGCGAAACCAUAGCGGCCCUUGGAGGAAGGGUCGAAUCCAAGGUGCCCCGUGCCGGAUAUGUACUGGUUCAGCCGGGCACCGCUGAGGAGGAGCGUCUUCGCCUCUGCUGGUCCACCCCCGACCGUCCCGAGCGGUAUUUCGUUCCAUACACAUAUGUCGAGGCGUGCAAGAUACAUGGAAUGCUGCUCAAGCAAAUCUUUGUGCACGAGGGCCAGCCAAUCCGGAUGCACAUCGAUUCUAGCAUCGCGAAUGUGAACGCCCGUGCGGCGCUCAGCACGCGAAUCAUGCACUCGGGUGGCGAUCCUACCGCCUCCGCACAAUCCGCGCGAGUGAUUUUGGCCGAUCCCAAUACAGACGUAUUCCAACACCUGGUCAAGACGUACCAAGGCGAGCCAGACAAAUACGUUGAGUCGUACCUCUGGGUGAAGAAGUGCAUCGAGAAGGGCGCAGUGAUCUACACGCCCAUGGUGUACAAGAACCCUGGCGGAAGACGUCCCGGCGAGGAGAGAACACAGUUUACGGAAGACGAUGAGGAGCAUCUCUGCAAUUGGAUUGCAGCGAAGAUCCCGUAUAAAGAGACCGGUGGCAGGACUGGAAAUAGGCUUUACCAGCAGCUGUGUGAAAUGGCCUCCGACCCCGAGUACGCCUGGGCGACCCGCCACACCUGGCAAUCCUGGCGCGAGCGCUACAAGAAAAACUGCGCCCGCCUAGACGCCAGGAUCUCUGAGAUAGUUGAGCAGAAGAAGCCGGCACACGGCGAGAAGGGCCAGUACGGCUACGUGCGCAAGCCGGAGGAGAAGCCGAAGCGCGUCCGGAAGAAGGCGCGCAACAAUUCCGACAACGGCACCGUCCCGGGCCCCUCCAACAUCGGCGAGGAGAUCGACCCGUUCCCUGUGCCCGUCCCCGUCGCGCUCCCGGGCAUGGCGGGUGUGCUCACCGCCGUGGGGGGCCCCAACGAUGGGUUCAACCCGAUGAUGUACGUGCCGGGUCCUCCGCCUAUUUUCCAGCACAUGCAGGUACCCACCGGGAGCCCGAUGGACAUCGCUGUCGCCAGACAGAAUGCGAUUGAGGAAGAAAUGGAGGAUGACGAGAAUGAAUGGCCGAUUCGCGAAGGUAACGCACCUACACCGGGGUGGGCGAAGAGGAAGCCUGAGGAGCACGAAGAAGAGGGGCCGAUUAAGCGGCAGAGGACGAGCAAAAGCCCCGCUCAGAACGGGGAGGAGCAGCCCGCUUUGCACGUCGUUGACCAGACAGUCCGCGAUAUUGCGCAGGAGUUCCGCUUUACAGUGGAGGAGGUCCAGGAGUAUUAUGACAAGUGCGGGGAUGCGGAACGCACCAAACAACGUUUCAAGAAAAUGAGGGAUGCUCUAACGGCUCUUGAGGAUUGA